AUGCACACUGUUUUUUCUCGCACAAGAAAAAGAGAUCGACGUGGUCAACGACAACUGCGAAACGUCAGAUACGCCUCUCAAGGAUGCCACCAUUACGGACAUAAUGAAACGCGGCAUCGUCAAGCAGCGCGAACCACCCGUGACCAAGUGGAAGAUCACGGUCAAGCGGAAGUGCAAGACAGCCGGCCAGUCGGCCACUGCGACAGCCACUGGGCACCGCCCAAAAAAGAUGUGCGGUGGAUUGUCGGUGUUUUACCGAUACAAGAAGGACAACACCAACUGAAAGGACAGGUCCAUCAUCAAAGAAGAUCCUGUAAACGACAACGGUUUGUCGGCCGGCGUUAG